AUGUCGUACUGCAAGCAAUUCAAUGGGGGCAAGGAUAAAGUUAUCUUUGCCACGAAGGAAGAUCUCGCGGGACCGAGUAAAAUUGUACUCCCAGAGUCAGAUCCAGCGCCGGGGCUAAUUCUCCCCAAUGGGGAUAUUAAUUGGAAUUGCCCAUGCCUAGGGGGGAUGGCCACGGGACCGUGUGGAGUGGAAUUCAGGGAAGCUUUCUCCUGCUUCCACUACAGUGAAGUGGAGCCAAAGGGAUCAGAUUGCUACGAGGCUUUCUCCCAGAUGCAGUCGUGCUUCUCCAAAUACCCAACUGUGUACAACAAGAGCGGUGACAAUGAUGAGGAUGACGAAGGCAUUCAAGGAGAGGCUCAAAUGAAGGUAGAUGAGUUACUUGAGGGUGCAACGGAAGAGCGGCCGCCUCCGGAAAGUCCCGCCGAAGCAUCCGGAGGGGAAGUAGAGAGAAAAAAGUGAUUCUGUGCAAAAAAAGACUCCUAAGUUUAUUUAGAAAUUGUGACUAAUAAAGAAUAUACCGCAAAUUGUCUUCUUUCGCGGUAAAGUUUAGUCGAACAAAUUGAGAGAGAAAUUUAAAAUAAAAAGUAGAAAUUAUUUUAAUGAUAAAA